UUCUUUUCAGCUGGCCUCGGUUCGCUAACCUUGGGCAUGGCAUGGUUUGCCAGUCCGUUGCCUGGCUAUCUCUGUGAUCGUUGGGGCUGUCGUAUCACAAACUCUCUGGGAGCAGCGUUGUGCAUGACCGGCUUGGUGGUGUCGUCAUUUGCUAAGAGCCUCACUCUCAUGUACCUCACGCAUGGUCUGAUAAUUGGCUUAGGAAUAUGUUUUAUCUACAACUCCUGCUAUCUUGUAAUCGCACAGUACUUUAAAAAGAAGUUGUCCAUGGCAACUGGUAUUGUAGCUUUAGGGGAAAGCACUGGCGUCUUUUUCACAGGUCCGUUGCUUCAAUUUCUUUUGGAUUCGUUUGGAUGGAGAGGCACUUACAGGAUCAUGGUCGUGGCUUUCGCCCUUGUCUGCCUCCUGGGCUUGACUUACAACCCAAACAUACAGUUGCAAGAAACAACGGGUCACAAUAUAGAAAACAAAAAUGAGAACCAAGACAAUGAAAGAAGCAGCAUUUCUCUUUACUGCAGCGUGUGGAAAAUUCCUACUUUCGUUGUGGUUACCAUUUCUUUUAUGGUUACAGCAUUUGCGAUAUACAUUCCAUUAAUAUAUCUGGUAAGUCUUUUUUACAUAAUAAUUGGACUUAAAAAAAUUGUCGCCCCAAGCCUCACUGAUUUUUACUGCGACGAGCUCUAUCAGAUGAUUAGUAGGAUCAGUUUAGAACCACAUUUACCGCAAACUGCCAACUCACGCGUUGGACGCGGGUUCGAGCAAAUCGCACGAAGCCGAGAAUGUAAAAAGAGUCCUCUUUUACUUUUUCGUCUUCACUUCUUAAAUCUUCCUUACAGCAUUCUGCUGCUCAAAGCUUGCUACUACUAGUCACUGCUCCUCCUUACCGUGUACGUACACUGUAAUUUUUAGGGAGUUAUUAUAACUCCACAAAUGGAGUAAAAAUUUUAGGUACAAGAAAACCCCUUUUGGGGGAUUACUUUAACUCCAAUUUAACUCCGAAUUUGGCGUCAUUUUUACUCCGAAAAAAAAGAGUUCUUUUUACUCCCAGUCUGGAGUUAAAAUAACUCCGAAAUGGGGUUACUUUUUCUCCUUACAUGGGUUGUUUCUACUCUUUUUGGAGUUAAUUUAACUCUGAAAAUGGAGUAAAAAUUUUAGGUACAGGAUAACUCCUUUUUUGAGGGUAUUUUAACUCCUCAGGGGUCACUUUUACUCCUAAAAAAGAGUUCUUUAAACUCCUUUUUGGAGUUAAAAUAACUCCCCAAAAAAUAACUCCGCUGUACGGAGUUAAUUUAGCCCCACUAGAGGAGUUAUUAGAACUCCUUGAAAAUUACUGUGUAACAAGCCGUAUUCGUAACUUUGCUCCCUUGUUCGAUUUCUGAUACGUCAACAACUCGCGAUCGUGGGUAAAUACACGUUAAAUACCGUACCGUAAACGUGCACCUUCCAUGAAGUAUUUUAUAAUACUGAAUAUACUGAUUGGUUUGAUUAUUUUUAUAGGUGAAGUAUUCAGAGGAUAAUGGAAUAAGCGCCCAAGCUACUUCUCGCUUAUUUAUUUUUAUUGGCCUUUCUUCAUCCCUUGCAAGGAUCAUAACAGGAAAGUUGUGCAACAACAAAAAAGUAAAUUCCAUCUUUACUUAUCAGGCAUCCAUGCUAUUGGCUGCUCUUUCCGUAUUUUUGCUUCAGUUUGCUGCCACAAAAUACUGGUUGUUAAUCGUCUUCAGCUUUAUCUAUGGCUUCAGCGAUGGAAUUUUCAUGACAUCAGCUGUGUAUACUCAGCUAACCUGUGUGGAUGCUAAAAGAGUAACAACGUCCUUCUGUACUAGCAACGUACUUUAUUCAAUAGCUGCAGCUGCUGGUAGCCCAAUUGCUGGUGAGUUAAUAUCUGUAAUGAGUCUUUUUGGCUUGUAUGUUCUCUUUCCGCCAAUUCAGGCGACCUGAUGUUCUCAAGAGAGUUUGAACUUAUGUCUUUUUAAGCCUCGUGCAAUUCAAAUGGACGCAACAUUGUUGGCCAGCAACUCCCAACAAUAACUCAACAACAAUUUUGCGUCCGUUUGCACAGGGCUUAAGCUCUUUAUUCAUGAUCAUAUGCUCGUGGACAGGACGAAAUUUGAAAUAAACGGGAAUGUGGGGUAACAUCACAUGGUCUGAAAAAGGAAAACAAAGCAUUUGAAACAGUCUAAUGUAAUGAUCUAAAUAGUUACCUGCUACGAUUAAUGUCUUGUCAGACUGUUGUGCAACAGACCCUAUUCAAUAGGCGACUAUGAGCCUCACGAGGCCCGAGGGUAAUCCCUUAUAAAAGGUGCGGGGUACGCUGGAUGCUCGUCAGAAAACCGUACAAACAAAAACCCUAAACGAGACUAUUUGACCCCUAAAAAAGGCAAAAGUAUUAAAAACUGGCAACCAAUUCAUGCAACCAGCUACGAGCUGUAGUGAUUUAAUUAUUGCGCGAAAGACAGUACGCGGCGUUUGUAUAUAUUUCCCUCCACACUCUCCUGAGUAUAAUACCUUUCCGUUCUAGCAAUUUACACCCCUCAAGCUGAGAAGAGGAGCAUCUUCUUCUCUUUUUUAAGGGUGUACCCCGGAAGGCAAAUAGCAUUUGUUUUGCUCGCUUACGUACUCUUCUCGAGAUAUUUGCAUAAUUAAAAUAUCUAUCACAAAAUUCCAAAAAUAGGCGCUUCCAUUUACAGCCAAAUGCAAAAUAAGGUUCCCAAUAUAAUACGCCCUUAGAUUAAUUUACUUAUUUUGUAGUAAAAGCAACUCUGAUUGCCAUUUCUUUUGAACAGGUAUAAUAGUGGACAACACAGGAAGUUAUGUUUACUCAUUCUACAUGACUGGUGGUGUUCUUCUGGUCGCAUUUCUGAUUCCAAUGGUUUUGAUUCCUAUCAAUCAUAGAAGUAUCAGAGUUCUUCCUCAGAGCCACGUUAAUAACGAUAAACAAAUGGUUACAGAAAGAACGGAAGGGAUUAAGACUCAGGGUCAAACCCAUCAAGAAGAAAUCCCUAUCUAG